ACAGAGAGAGCGCGCGGAAUUUUGACAGUCAACAUUAGCAGUGGUUGAAUUUAACUUGUUUUGUUGUUGUUGUUGUUAUACAUAUAUAUUACGGACAUUUAUUUGUCUCAACGACCACACACAUUAUCGACUUAACCUGUCACCUGAGCUCAAAAUGAGAACUUUAGAGGAGGUGCAGGCGACACUGAAGAUCGCUAAACUGAAAGAGGAGGAUCUACACAAAACAAUCCACUGUCUUUCUUUUGGGGAAAAUGUUUCCUCUGCAGAUUAUUGCGUGGUGGAGCUGGACGACACACUGUGUAAGCACAUAGAGGUUGGUCAGAGUCUGGUGAUUCGGGGGGAUAAAGAUGAGCAUGCAGUGCUCUGUAGUGGUGACAAGACUUAUGAUCUUAAAAUAGCCGACACGUCCAACCUGCUGUUGUUUGCACCAGGAUGUAAAACUCCAGAUCUACUUCCUAAUGACCAGAAGAGCUCUCAGGUGGUGCACACUCAGAUCUGGGGAUUUUGUAACAGCUACUGGGAACUGAGAAAACGACGCCCUAAACUGAGGAAAAUGACAAAGCUUUUAAUGGAGAAUCCUUAUGAAGGACCUGCUUUAGGAGGGCAGGAGAACACAGAGAACAGGUACACAAUGCAGGAUCUGUUGGAGAGGAUCCAGGCCAGUGAAGAGGAGAUAAAGGCCCACUUCGAAACCAUCCAUGCUUGUCAGAUAGAUGGCUUCUGGCGGGUCCUAGACUUUGACUAUGAGAUGAAACUGCUCGGUCAUGUAACUCAGCUGGUGGAUUCUGAGUCUUGGUCCUUUAACAGGGUUCCACUUCAAACCAGUCUGGAAGAGUUAGCCCCACUGGAGCCCAAAGAGAUGAUUGAGCAUUGUUUGAACUGCUAUGGAAAACGUUAUACUGAAAACGAUAAAGUGUUUUAUGUAUUGCAUGAAGAUAAAGUUUGUCGAAGCAUAGCACUAAUGCUGCUGCAGAAUGCAGUCAAGUUCAACCUGAGGGAGUUUCAGGAGGUUUGGCAGCAGAGUGUUCCAGACGGCAUGAGCACAAGACUGGAUCAGCUAAAGAGUGUUGCCUUGGUUGACCGCACGUCCCAUCCAGAGACCAUCUGCCUGCUGCGAGUGGACGAUCUCCCAGAGGACACGCUGGAUCGCUUCAACCACCUCUUCACACUCAGAGAGAAGUGGACAGAAGAUGACAUCACACCAUACAUACAAGACCUGUGUGGAGAGAAACAGACUACUGGAGCCCUCCUCACAAAAUAUGCUCGGUCAUCAAUGCAAAACGGGAUCAAGGUCUUCAACUCCAGAAGGCCUGUAGCCACAUGAACAUGUCCAUCAGUGCAUUUACAUGUGGACCAUAAUGUGGUUUUGUUUGUUAUCAUUGCGACUAACAACUUCCUAGAAAAUGUCAUUAGGAUUGUGGAAAGAAACUAAAUAUAAUCUGUAUUUCAAUUUUUAUGUUGUCUCUAAAAUUAUUACACACUGAUAAUAAAGUGAACUGUUUUAAUAAUUGAUUAUUUUUGCCUCCUAU